AUGGCAGGCAAACACUCUGAGACUCUAAACGGUGCGCCUGCAAAACGCCAGAAGACAUCUGGCGAGAUGAACCCGCAAGACAAUCCUUACCUUGCCCAUUGGCAUGACAACCAGCCCAACGGCUAUGCGAACGGCCAUGCCACGCCUCCAAAUUACAGUGAUGGUCCUUUGGCAAAACUGCAACGCCACAAGACAACCGCAGCCAUAGCCAAAGCGGCCGAAGAUGGCAAGAUCAAUCCCUUUACAGGCCGGCCUCUAUCUGAGAGAUACAUUUCUAUUAUGCGCGGUAGGAGAGAUCUCCCCGUGCAUGCGCAGCGAGACGAAUUCCUGCAACUGUAUCAAAAGUCACAAAUUCUCGUCUUCGUGGGAGAAACAGGUUCUGGAAAGACCACGCAAAUACCUCAGUUUGUGUUGUAUGAUGAUUUGCCUCAACAAGUCGGAAAGAUUGUUGCCUGCACGCAACCUCGACGAGUGGCUGCCAUGUCGGUUGCUGAGCGUGUCGCGCAAGAGAUGGAUGUCAAACUAGGCGAGGAAGUCGGUUACAGCAUCCGAUUCGAGGAUAUGACGAGUCAAAAGACAAUUCUCAAAUACAUGACGGAUGGAAUGCUUCUUAGAGAAGCCAUGAACGACCAUGAGCUGAACAGAUACAGCACCAUCAUUCUCGACGAGGCCCAUGAACGGACACUCGCCACAGACGUGUUGAUGGCCCUGCUGAAGGAAGUUGUUCAGCGCAGACCCGACUUGAAACUCAUCAUCAUGUCUGCGACGCUGGAUGCUCAGAAGUUUCAGCGCUACUUCAACGAUGCGCCACUGCUGGCAGUACCUGGACGUACUCACCCUGUAGAGAUCUUCUACACCCCAGAGCCCGAGCGCGAUUACGUUGAAGCUGCCAUAAGGACGGUUCUACAAAUACAUGCCACGGAGGCAGAGGGCGAUAUCCUGCUCUUUCUGACCGGAGAAGAAGAGAUCGAAGACGCUUGCCGCAAAAUAUCUCUGGAAACAGACGAGAUGAUCCGCGAGGCUGAUGCCGGGCCAAUGAAAGUCUAUCCUCUGUAUGGAACCUUGCCUCCCGCUCAACAACAAAAGAUUUUCGAGCCAGCACCAGCUCCGCGGCGACCUGGCGGCAGACCGGGACGCAAGUGUAUUGUUGCCACCAAUAUCGCCGAGACAUCCUUGACCAUUGACGGGAUCGUCUACGUGGUCGACCCAGGCUUUUCCAAACAAAAGGUCUAUAACCCCCGUAUCCGUGUGGAGUCUUUACUUGUGUCACCAAUCUCAAAGGCGUCUGCUCAACAGAGAGCUGGUCGUGCCGGGCGAACACGCCCAGGAAAAUGUUUCAGACUGUACACCGAAGGUGCAUUCAAGAAGGAGCUGAUAGAACAAACCUACCCCGAGAUUCUGAGAUCCAACCUGUCAUCCACGGUCCUGGAAUUGAAGAAACUGGGCGUCGAUGACCUCGUGCAUUUUGAUUUGAUGGAUCCUCCCGCCCCAGAAACGUUGAUGCGGGCCCUGGAGGAGUUGAAUUACCUUGCUUGUUUAGACGAUGACGGUAACUUGACAACCAUGGGCAGAAUGGCGUCCGAGUUCCCUCUGGAUCCGGCACUUGCCGUGAUGCUCAUCUCUUCGCCCGAGUUCUACUGCUCGAACGAAAUCUUGAGCUUGACAGCUCUGCUGUCUGUGCCUCAAGUCUUUGUCCGACCUGCAUCAGCCCGAAAGCGUGCAGACGAGAUGAAGAACCUGUUUGCUCACCCGGAUGGGGAUCAUUUGACUUUGCUGAAUGUGUACCACGCCUUUAAAGGCCCUGAGGCGCAAGCUAACACCAGACAAUGGUGUCAUGAUCAUUUCCUCAGUCUUCGAGCACUACAAUCAGCCGACAAUGUACGCAUGCAGCUCAAACGCAUCAUGGAACGUGAAGAGUUGGAGCUGAUGUCGACACCCUUUGAAGAUAAGAAAUACUACGAGAACAUCCGGCGGGCCUUGGUUUCGGGAUUCUUCAUGCAAGUGGCCAAGAAGGAGGCCAAUGGCAAGACUUACACAACGGUCAAAGACAACCAAACGGUACUUCUGCACCCCAGCACAGUUCUGGGCCAGGAAAGCGAGUGGGUCGUCUACAACGAGUUCGUGCUCACCAGCAAAAACUACAUUCGAACGGUGACGGCAGUCCGAGGCGAAUGGCUGCUCGACAUUGCUCCCGGAUACUACGACGUCGACAGUUUUCCCAAGGGCGAGGUCAGGACGGCACUGCAGCGGAUAGCCGAAAAGGUGGCUCGGCGACAGAAGAUGAAGGGUGGGAGAUAG